AUGAGCGCGAGGUGCUGCCUGAGGACGUGCUCAGGCGCGGCGCCCGUGGAGUGCCUCGUGGAGAUCUGCGUGGCGGAGACCGUGGCGCCUGCGAGGGCCGCGCAGGCCGCGCAGCUGGCGCGCAGUUCCACCAUCUGGGACGUGGAGGACGCCCCUGGCAGCUGCAGCAGCACCAACGGGGCCGACAUGGACGCGCAGUUCGAGUCGGUGGGGUUGCCAUGCCCUGCCGAGAGUAACACGGACGGGCGCUCAGAGGGGACUGCCGCGACCCGCAGCAUCGCCGUGCAGACCGAUCGGAGGGAGUUCGUUCAGCUGCAGCGGCAGCUGGAGAAGCACUCUUGA